AUGCGGACAUUCCGGGUCAACCAGAUCAUGGAGGGAUCUAACAAUCAGAUCGAGAUGUAUAAGUUCUCUCACCCCUUCCCCGGGAAUCUUAUGAUGAGCAAUCACACUACGUUCGAGAGGCGCAACCACAGAAAUAAUAUAUGGGAGCUUGCUGGUGAAAUCGCCUGGCGACAUGAAUAUUCUGCAAAGGUGAUAUUCGGCAUCGAAGAAUAUGAACUCACAGAUCUCAGAAGACGGAAGAAAUCCACCAGCGAGUCACGUCGAUUCAAAGUCGAUGACAAGGAAUACAAAUGGAAGAAAUUAGAGCAGGACGAUGAACUGGUGACUCUGACGUGCAUCAAUUCACGCGGCAACGUUGUCGCUGUUUGGGACAAUGAACGUUCGACGUUAUCGGUGGACAGAGACGUAUACAUUAUUCUCGACCGCAUUGUCGUAACAUGCAUGCUAAAUCUGUGGUUAUGGGUCCGACGGCGGUGGUAG